AUGAACCCUCUCGCCUCACUGCGUAUGACCUCUGGUCGUCUGGCUCGACUGAGCAAUGCCAUUCCAGCAACCUCAUCACUUCACACAACAGCUGUGCGGACAGGCUUGAAGGAAACCGAUAAAAGUCGAGAUAACCUCUCAAGUCACUACGAAGCCGAGAAAGCCGAACACCUAAAGAGGACAAAGGAUGGCACAGCGAAGUGGACAGAGGGAUUGGCUAGUAACAGUGAGGCUGAUGUGAAGGCAGAUCGGGGCGAUCUCGACGCCGAUUGCAAAGACUUCCAACAGACGCAGGAGCAAUUAAAGAAGGGUAAAGCGACUGGGAAAAAUCAUUGA